UAUAAUUUUCUGGAUACGCAGGAUUACCGGUUGUACUUGUUGUAGCAUUGCUACAUUUGUUCCGUGUCUGCAUGCUGACACGAUGUGUGUUGCCGCUGUUGCGACCUACCUGCGACCCGAGCCCUAGGUCCUUCCAGGACCUAGCUAGCUGUAGGAGCCAACGAUUAGAUUUGUGAGUGCCUUUGUCUUAGUCGAUCGUCGAACACGGUGCUCUGAAAUCGUUUAUGAAAGAGCUGAGUGUACAGUAGCUGCUGACGCUGCGUGCGCGAGGCAUUUGUAGUUUGGAAAUCUGCCCUGCCCGUGGCUGGUCCAUUCUUGCACUGAGCUUGAGUAGGAUUUUCCGCGCAGCUGCAGCAGCAGGAUCUUGGAACAACUGAGCCAGUGUAGAGGAUCAAAGAGCCCUUUCUUUCAUUGGACUUCUGCUGGUCCACGUGGAGAAACUUCAUGAUCGUACGUUAGCGAGUACAUGUUGUGGCAUUUCUGCUGGCGUGGCCGUGACCCUAGCUGCUAGUGAUGGCGGACACCAAGCCGUCGUUCAUGUCGCGACUGCGCAUGCCGAGCAGGGUGGGUCGUGCUCCAGCGCCAGCGGUGGUGCCCAGCCUGCCUCCAGCACUAGUAGCAGCCACGGCAAGACCAGUGCAGCAGUGUGCUGAGACUGUCACCAGUACAACCAGCAGUACCACAUCUCAACAACAGCAAAGCACUCUCAUGGCUCCCACUGCGGUGGCGGUGGCAGCCCGACCGAGGGCUGUAUCGAAUGGUGCUGUGCAACACUCUGCCAGGUCAGUUUCUCCAGCGCACAAGGAAAUGCAACAGCACCCGGGAAUGCUCAAAUCGACUGGUAUGUCUGCAACAAGUGCCAGUGCAUCAACCCCUGGCAGAUUAUCAACUCCGCAGUCUACCAAGUCUAUGUUCCAUUCGUCAUCUGUGAUUAGAAAGCCAGCACCUAAUACAACCCUUAGACAUCCAGCAGCCGGUGCAACUCCAUCUGGGAUCAAGCCAGCAGGAAACACGUUAGCAUUGGCGGCACAGUCGAGGAACGUGCAAACGCCAUCCAAUUGUAAAACAUCAGGUCCAGCUGUUACCCCGGCACCAGCGUCUUUACGACCGAAGCCAGCUUCACAUACGCCCGGGAGGCCACCCCCACAGUCUGUCGCCACCAGUACAGCACCCGCAACAAUAGGUACUGGCUCUGCAUCAACCAGCAAACUACAGAAUUCAUCAAGCAGAUCUGCUGCUGCUUCUGCUACAAGUUCACCCAGUGCAAAGUUGCCCAUGUCUCCAUCAGGCGUAAGCAGACCUAUUGGCAAAGGGGUGGCCGCAGUUCCUGUUGCCAAGAAGAGCAAUACGCUAGAUUCCAAGAAACCCACUAGGUCGGCUUCUCUCAAAGGUCCGAGCAGAGAAGCGUCCUCCGACAGUGAACCUAUCAAACACAACAGUCCAUCCAGUAUGCAGACGCUAAAGAACCGUGCAAAGUCCCUUAAGUUGCCUGGACGUAAAGCAGCCUCUCCGGUGUCUUCCAAACUCACAUCAUCGAAUACUUCACAUGUGAAUGCAGCUCCAGGCCGGCCACAUUCAUCAGCUAGUAAUGAGAGUACUGGCAGCACCGGCAGCACCGGCGUACCAUCAGCACAGCAAACACCCACACAAAACACUGCAGCUAAGAAAGCCGCCGCCGCACCCUCUGCUAAGUCAAAGACGCCGCGAGCUGGAUUCGGCUUUGGCCCUCGUCCACAGGUGGUAGCAACUACACCAGGUAGUCUGUCUGUAAAGGAGAGGUCAUCUGAUACUGGCGGACCCGCCAAGGGUAAGAUCCAGCUCUUGAGCUACGACCACAGCCCUUCACGAAAGAUAGCUGCUGUUACGAGUCCUCAAGUGGAUCCCUUACAUCAGGAUACGGAAAGCCCUUGUGAGCAGCUGCCUUUCAUACCGGGCAGUUGUCCUCCAGCAAUCUCCAGUGCUUUGGAGGAGACAGCGCUAGAAGACGAGCUAGCUGAAUCUACACCGCGCGGCUAUCAAGUAAGUCCAACAUCUGAGACAGCAGAGGUACCUGUUACCCCUGAGCCUGUGGUUGUAGACGAGAAGCAAGGUCAGCGGCCAGAGCUGUCUCUCAACGGAAAUACUCUGACGCAAAUCAUUCCGCAAACCCCAGAGCAGGCGCCGUUAUCCGCCAGUACAAAGAAGAAGCUAUCAUUCUCCCCAUCGACGGAGUUCCCCACUGGUCUCACAGACGCGUCUCCCACACUCCCUGACCCAGGAGUGCAUAUAGAGGAAUCACAGCUGAACACUAGCUUCAACUGCAUUGCACCCAUGUCGCUCCUGGGACCAGAUGCCUUGUCCAAUUUUCAUGGCAGCAGCCUUGGCAGCAUUCCUACACCAUCACAGGGAACAGGUGGACGGAGCUCUGCACGAGUUGCCGCACAGCGCACAGAGAGCGUUCCAUACAGGCUCGAGGGGCGCAGGCGAUCGGGCUCAGCCGGUGAUUGUAUUCUACUGUCCACCCGCAGUCCGUCACCGCCAUCAUCACCAACAAUGGAACAACAGAGCACGAUGCGUAUGAAAUCACCGUCGCAGUCAUCGCUUCCACGCGCGGACUCUAGCCAGGACGUGUCCACGGCAAUGGCGUUAGGCUCCAGUCCAAAGCAAACGUCGUCCAGUUACUUUCGACACUCUGUUGCCAUGGCGCACCGCACCCCAACGGCAUCGCUGAAGGAGUCCAGACUGAAUGCUCUUAGCGGCUCAACACCAUCACUCUCUCGUCUCGGUGUGUCCAAGCUGAAAGGACCCCGCACACCAGCAGGGCCCUAUGUUGUCCUGGACAUUGAAACCUACCGUCAGAUGCAGAGUGAAAUCAAGAAUCUCAAGUCGCUGCUCUUACAGCUCAAGAGGGAACUGCAGCAGGAUGAGGUUGGCGGGAUGGGAAUACCACAUCAUGGUGGCGUUACAGCUGACGACACGACUAAUGUGGCCGUGAACAGCCUCUAGCCACACAAUCCGAGACCAACGGUGAAAAACGAUAGGAUUCGUUACUAGUCUCAUGGGGUUGAAGAGAGAAACAAUAGGAAUGUUGAUUUUUCGAACACAGUCAUAUUUUUCAAUUUCGCACCGGCGUGCAUAUCUGUGCAUCCUUGAUUGUACGUCCAUCAUGCGUCCAUCAUUCACUUUGGAAUGGGUUGCUGGCAUGUAUUUCCUGCGUCCUGUGCAUUGUCCGGCUUUUCCAGAAGCGAUCACUCAUCGUACGCAGACCUCGCUCUUCUGCCACUCUCCCACCCACUCACCACCCACCCACCACCCACCGACGUUGAAAAGUAUUUAUAGGCGUUGAUGGUUUUUUAUUGCAACAGUCCCUGCAUCGUGCCCCCGUGAUGGCAUUGCUUCAGCGUCUGCUGCUUUGCCUCCAGUCUAUUCCUAUUUAAAAGUCAUCUCUGAAGAGGGACUUGUGCUGCAUCCUAGUGCUAUGCUGCGCCGGGCGUCGUCUAAUGAGUUAGCCCGGCAGUUUGUUCUGCAGCUGCGAGAUCUGACAUAUUUACCUUGCUCAAAACAAUUGAUCGGAUGCCUGUAAGAUUCUGCUGUUUUGCUAUGCUAGUUGCUUAGCUAGGGACUCUUACUACUUCGAAGUAGACUAGUUUUAGAGUGUGUACUUGUUUGAUGAAGUACUAGUACAUACUGCUGCGUCUCAGUCUUCUAGGCUUCUAGCAAUCUCUUUUUUUCUUUUAUAGGGCCAUGGAUAUUAUCUCUUGUCCACUUGGAAAUGAUACAAUACAUGUAUGUGGAAGUAUUUCAUCAUUCGGCACACCUGCAAGAGAGUAUGAUCUCCUAAACUUAUGGCCAUUGUCCUGAGCUAGAAAGGUGACAUACUAGUACCCAUUA